AUGAAACCGGCUCCGUUGCUGGGACUAGGCUUGGUGGUGCUCGUUCUCGUGCUGGUGAUUCCGGAAACCAUCGGCAAUGUGCACGAUUUCGAAGGCAACGAAUUGCACGGACUGUCGAUCGAACGACCUGGUGGUCCCGUAGGUCGUGGUUUCGCAGACAGUGCGCGCGAUAUCCUGACCAGCCCUGCCGGCCAGCUAGCGGCGUACGUGGCGAAAGAAAUGAUCAGCAGAUCGGCCGGCAACAGUCAGGUGCUGAGCCUCAAUCUGUCCAACUUGUUGAUUUUGUUCCUGCUGAAGGCGCUCAUCUUUGCGGCGGGACUGAUCGGCGCCGGCAACUGGAGCCAGUACGCCCGUGGCCGAAGCGAAGACGGUAACUUUCUGCAGCCCGGCGAAGCGAACCUCAUCAUCGGGUAUCUGGCGGCGGAAGGUUCCGGCCAGGACGGGUGCCUGAUGCGAUACGCCUGCCGAGCGCCACGGACGGCCGACGAGUACGCCCGGGCGGCCCAUGCCCUCAUGAAAGGUGCGGAGAUGUUCGAUCCGGAAGUCGCCGAGAAGUACAGCUACAAACGGAUGCUCGUGAGCCUGGACCGUGCCGCGAUGGAGGGACUGAAGGGGGCGCCGUGCGAAAUGAUCUAUCCUUGCCAUGUGUAA